AUGCCUAAGGAGAAGUCUACCCGCGGCAAGGGCAAGGCCACCAAGGCCGACGCCGGCGGCAAGAAGAAGAAGGACCCCAACGCGCCCAAGCGUGGUCUUUCCGCCUACAUGUUCUUCGCCAACGACCAGCGCGAUAAGGUCCGUGAGGACAACCCCGGCAUCAAGUUCGGCGAGGUUGGCAAGCUCUUGGGCGAGAAGUGGAAGGCUCUGUCUGAGAAGGGCCGCACUCCCUAUGAAGCCAAGGCUGCCGCCGACAAGAAGCGCUACGAAGAGGAGAAGGCCGCCUACGUCGCUGGUGAGGAGGAGGAUGAAGAGUCCGAGUAG